CUGCACAUAUCCCGGUCCCAGACCCUCCCGGUGCGAUGGAGCGACUCAGGAGGCCGGAAGGGGCCGGUUCAGAUUGGUGGGGAACCUCACGCAGAGGGAUGCCACGAUAAUGGUGGAGCGCCUGAGCCGGGAGGACGGUGGUCGGUAUCGGUGCCGGGUGGAGCUCAAUGUUGGAACGUUUCAAACUUUGAUUCCAACGGUGCUGUCUGUGAGAGCUCCUGAUGGGAACGGCUCAGUGGUAACCGCGACUGAGGGAGAUUCGGCUACGUUACCCUGUAUGUUCACACUAUCCCGGCGCUUCCCCAACCUACACACGGUGACGUGGGUGAGGAAGGAUCCCUACCUACACAUCGUCACUUUCACACACCACGGAAAUGGGUCCUGGGCAGCGGAAAACGGAGUGACUCGGUACGAGCUCGUCGGCGACCCAGAGCAGGGAAACGCCUCGACCAGGAUCAAGCAGCUGCGUGCGGAGGACAGUGACGGGUACCUGUGUCUGGUGGAGUUCAGGAAAGCGGACGAUUACCGUUAUCCAUUCUUCGGCCUCCACCCCGACUACAAAAUAGACCACCCGUUUAUCCAUCUGUCCCAGCGUGAGGUCCGUCUGCAGGACAGAGCCGGAAGGGACGAGAUGGAUCCAUCGCAGGAGGCUGAGACCAGUUCUCCAACCACAAUGCGCAGCCGACACGUCCGCCCCGCUGUGAAACCCUAUCCCCGCCGAUCGAAGCUACACUCCCCGACAGCAGAUUUUCUGCUCUGUUUUCCUGCAUUCUGCCACACCGACGCACUUACAAUUCCCUUUUUAAAUAUUCUGCGGCAGUGUAAUAAAACUUCCAGUCAACCUCUCAGGUUCAGGAGAGCACUGGGAUCUGCUGUCCACUGAGUUUGAACGGAGUGAGGGUACCGGGGCCCCUCGCUGGUGUGCCCCAACGUAUACCAUCCAUUUGUCCGUUCACACCAACUUGUCUGGAUCACACUGGAGCCGUUUUGCAAACUCCUCCUCAUCUCCUCCCGCAUAGUUGGGACUCAAGUACAGAUCCCUCUGGUACCCCACUAGUGAACGACUACCACCUGGGAGAAGAUCCAUUUACUCCUGCUCUCUGUGUCCUGUCUGUCUCACACUGCUUCAUUUAGUAAGAAGUGAACAUUUCCCGAUAAUCACCACCC